UUUGAGCUAAAUAAUUAGACUUGAAUGAAUUCAGUUUGUAUUGUAGUAACAGAAGUAACUACGAUGUUACAAAGUUUGUGAAAGUUUUUCGCCUUCUAAAUUAAAAAAAAUGCGAAUGAACAAAAAAGAUAGCUUGGUUAACUAAUCAUUUUUGUAUUUGUUAACUAGUUUUUACUAAAUGGAAGAAUUUUUGCCAAAUACAAACUUAACAACUUUUCAUAAAGUUCUCAGUAUGGAAAGCAUCAAUCCAAAAAUAAAGAAAUUGGAAUAUGCAACAACAGUUACAAUUCUUACUGCAGAAAAGCUUGAAAAGGAUAUGAGGGAGGGUAAGAAACUUUUAUUCAACAAAAUAACUAAAGCAACUCUUGGUGAUUGUCAUGCUAUGGGACAGAAGCCAAUCACUUUUGUUCGUCAGCUUCUUGCUGCGUGUUCCUGUCCUACUUUGAUAGGUAUCAAUAUUUUUCCUUCGGAUGUAAAUAAAAGAGCUCAGGAAAUUCUUAGUAAAAUAAACAAUAGUAUUGGUUGUUAUAGUGUUCCUGCUGGUGUACCUUUAGUUAAGCAGCACAUCGCUGAAUUUAUCCAAAAACGAGAUGGAUAUUAUUGUAAUCCAGCCCAUUUGUUUGUAACCAAUGGUGCAAGUGCGGCUAUCAAGCUUAUCUUAGAGUUUUUCUCUCAAGAAAAUGAAAAAGUUGGCAUCAUGGUACCAGUUCCACAAUACCUACUUUACGCAGCAACUGUCAUUGAAUUUGGAAUGAAGCAAGUGUUUUACUAUUUAAAUGAAGAAAGUUAUUGGACUUUAGAAGUAUCAGAGUUAAGAAAUUCAUUAUUAGAAGCAAGAAAAACUUGUUCUGUAAAAUGUCUUUGUGUCAUUAAUCCUGGGAACCCUACUGGCCAGGUUCUCUCUUAUAAUAAAAUCAAAGAAAUAUUAGAGUUUGCUAUUGAGGAGGGCUUGUUCAUUAUUGCAGAUGAAGUGUAUCAAGAAAACAUUUAUGACGGAAAUACAUUUCAUUCUUUUAAAAAGGUAUUAAUGGAUAUGGGUCCAGUUGCAGAAGGUUUUCAGUUAGCUUCAUUGCAUUCUUGCUCAAAAGGAUUUUUUGGAGAAUGUGGUUUGCGAGCAGGGUAUGUUGAAUUUGUUGGUGUUAGUGAUGGAGUUCUUGCUGAAAUAACUAAAAUGCAAUUUACUCAUCUUGGUGCAAAUUUAAGUGGUCAAAUUGUUUUAGAUUGUCUUGUACAUCCACCUCAAAAAGGUGAUCCAUCAUUUGAGGUGUUUUUAAAAGAAAAAACGGACAUUUUGUCAUCUUUAAAUAAAAGAGCUAAUUUGGUUUAUUCCGCCCUCAACAUGAUUGAUGGUAUUACUUGCAGCAAGAUUCAGGGAGCUUUAUAUGCAUUUCCCAAAAUAACGAUUCCUCAGAAAGCUAUUGACGAAGCUAAGUUACUAGGUCUUACACCUGAUUCAUUUUAUUGCUUAAAACUUAUUGAAGAAACUGGUAUCUGUGCUUAUGAAGGUAGCAUUUUUUAUCAGAAAGAAGACACCUUUCAUUUCAGGUGAUGGAGAUGAUGAUGUCAUGGCAUAUCCUAAGGCCACGCGAACAGAAAUGGUCAGCUUAAAUACUUCGUUUUAACUUCUCAAGAAAUACACUCAACAAAGCUGAAAUAUCACCAAGACAAAAUCCAACAGGAAAAGAUAAAAUGUGAAAGAAAACAAUUGCGAUUUGCUAAUGCUGCUAAGCAACUCAAAGAAAAAGAAGAAAAAAAGGUAUUGGCUAAGAAAAAAAAAAUUAGAAAAUUGUGCCAACAAGUCUAUAGCAACAACAAAAAAGAAGUUCAUUUCAUUAUCAUCUGAAUUUCAACCAUUGGUUGAUCCCGAGAACAAUACUGGCUAAUAUGUACUAAAUAU